UAUUUUUUUACUCCGAUCAAAGAUCACUUUUAUUUUUACUCUAAAAAUUUAUGAAAAUAAAAUUUCAUAAUUUGCAUAUUUAUAAGCUGGACUUAUACUAAUAAUUAAUUUAAUUAAUUAAUUAAUAAUAAAGGAAAAUCAACAAAUAAAUAAUAAAAAUAUGUUACUAAAAGUAUAUUCACUCAUGAUAUUAAUGUUAGAUUUGAUAACAUUAUUAUUCGGAGUAAUAAUAUCAAUAAUUGUAACAUUUUACCGGACAUUGAGACCACCGGCAAUGAAAAACAUCAAUGGGGAAGUAGCCAUGGUAAUAGGAGCCGGCAGGGGCGUUGGACGCGAAAUAGCGCUGCAAUUAUGUCAGCUGGGUGUCAAAGUCGCUUGUGUUGAUAAAAAUGAUAAAAUGUGUAGAGCUACUGUCCUACAGGCCGCACGUGAUUCCGUUAUAGUCAGGCCUUAUAUUUGUGAUAUUACUGAUAAGGAACAAGUAGCAAAUACCGUAGAAUUAAUUCGCAAAGACUUAGGAGAAGUAACGAUGCUGUUACAUUGUUGCGGAGUCCCGAGUUCGCGAUCGCUAAUACAAAAACCACCAGAUAUAAAAGAGGCGAUUGACGUCGCCGUAGUCAGCCACUUCUGGCUUUUGGAGUCAGUGCUCCCAGGAAUGCAGCGUCUAGGCAAAGGACACAUCGUCGCAUUGUCUUCACUUGCCGGUUUCUCAGGAGCAGCGAGUCGCAGUGCCCGUAUUCCUUUUUCCACUGCCCAGUUCGCCAUCCAAGGGUUCACCGAGUCCCUUCAAGCCGAACUCAGACAAUCAAACAGCAACAUUAUAAUAACUCUCAUACACAUUUACCCGUUUAUUAUCGACAGUGAAGCCGCUAAUGACAUUCGUCUACGGAUACCAAGUUAUUUUGGUACAAUGCCAGCAUCUGAAACGGCGCGAAAAAUUUUAGACGGCGUCAGAAGAAAUUAUUCGGAGUUUAGUGUACCUGGAUAUUUACUAUACCUCGGACAUUUACUCAGAAUCCUUCCGAAGAAAGCUUCGUUCAUGUUACGAGAUUUACUGGACACAGGAGUUGAUUUUGGAUAAAAUUUAUUAACCAUUACUUCAUUACACUUAGAAUAAAAAAUUAUAAUAUAAUAUUUAAAUAAUUAAUACUCG